AUCAGCCGCCCCUCACAUCACCGGAUGGAUCCAGUAAUGGGAACCCACCAGAGAGAUGUCCCCGUCCUCUGUAUUCCGGGGAUUCCACCCAGGAGGAUCACACCUAUGCUCAACAUUAUCAGGGUGAAGAACCGAUUCAUAUUAAAGUUGAAGUCAAGGAGGAAGAAGAAGAGCAGCCAACAGAGAAGGAUACAGUGAAGGUGACAAUUAAGGAGGAGGACAUUCCUACAGAGAUCCAGACAGGACAUGGAAAAGACCUCAUGGUUUCCUCAGAAGACCAUCAAAGAUCCUCAGAAGGUCGUCAAAGAUCCUCAGAAGGUCGUCAAAGAUCCUCAGAAGACCCUCAAAGAUCCUCAGAAGGUCAUCAAAGAUCCUCAGAAGGUCAUCAAAGAUCCUCAGAAGGUCAUCAAAGAUCCUCAGAAGGUCAUCAAAGUUCAUCUCCCAGUUAUGAAAAUAGAGGUGAAGGCGACGCACAAGAUCCACAGAGAGAAACUCUUGAGGCCAGAUCACAAGAUCCCUCUACCAAAGGGGAGUCCAACGCUGGAUACGAAGAGGACAAUUUAUACUCCUGCCCCGAUUGCGGGAAAUGGUUUUGUCUGAAAUCACGUCUCAACGCCCACAUGAGAUAUCACAUGACUGAGAAGCCCUAUCCUUGCUCCGUGUGCGGGAAGGGCUAUUUAUCGAAAGCUCAGCUGGUCGAUCACCAGAGAGUCCACACCGGAGAGAAACCUUUCUCUUGCUCGGAGUGCGGGAAGAGUUUCUCCUUUAAAGGCAACCUUGUCGAGCAUCAGAGACGUCACUUAGGGGAGUCGCAUACGUGUUCUGUGUGCGGGAAAACUUUUUUACUAAGGACCUAUCUUGUCAGACACCUGAGAUUUCACACGGGCGAGAAGCUUCAUGCCUGUUCGGAGUGUGGGAAAUGUUUUGUCCGUAAAUCAGAGCUGGUUGUGCAUGAGAGGUACCACACGGGGGAGAAACCGUAUUCCUGCCCGGACUGCGGAAAACGUUUUGUACGCAAGUGUCACCUCGGUGUACAUCUGAGAUAUCACACGGGAGAGAAGCCUCAUUCCUGCCCUCAGUGUGGGAAAGGUUUCACACGCAAGUCAGACCUCGCUGCACAUGAAAAAACUCACAAAGUCGAGAAGCCAGUUUCUUGCCUAGUGUGCGGGAAAUUGUUUACUCGGAAAGUCAUGCUCGCCAGACAUCGGAGAACUCACAUGGCUAAAAACACGUAAAUUGGCACGUGGGGAAUCCUCACGAGUGACUGGCCUUGUCAUAGUGUGGGAAGUGUUUCUAAAGAACAGUUAAGCUCAUUAAAAAGGUUCUGAGGGAAAUAUCAAAACUGACUUUGCUGAACUCUGCGAAAAUUGCCUGGUUGUUGGGCCAACUCACCAAGUUACAAAUUCAUUUGGUUAUCUCUUGGUUUCACUAUUACAACUCCCUCCUCAUUGGCUUAUCUCUGCAUUAACCCUCCCCCAAUCAGUCUAUUAUGAAUGCUGAUGCCAGACUCCUCCACCUUACCAAAGGUUCAGUGUCCUCCACCCCUCUCUGCCAAUCCCUCCACUGGCUUCCAUUCAGUGUCCUCCACCCCUCUCUGCCAAU